AUGGAACCAAACAUUGCUGAAUGGUGCUCCGAUAACCGAUUAGAGAGUGAAUCGGUUAUUAUCCUAUCUGUUUGGCUUAGUUUUACUAGCCUUGCAGCUGUAGCUGGAAACGCCCUUGAAAUGUGGUUGUUUUAUAAACACGAGUCUUUAAGAACUACUUCAAACCGUUUUAUAAUCUCGUUGGCAACAGCGGACUUCCUCGUAGGGCUUGUCAUAGCACCUGUGUGGAUAGCCGUACGUUAUGUGAUUCAGCCGCAAGAUACUAGUGCUUGGACCAAAAUUUUGAACAUGUUAUGGGUAUACACGACUGCGGCUACAACUUUUAACUUGUGCUGUGUUUCUGUGGACCGCUUUAUCGCAAUUUGCUUUCCUCUUCGUUACACAUUCAUUAUAAACAAACGUACAUGUCACUCUUCGAUCAUUUCAGCUUGGGUUGCUUCGAUAUUACUGCCGUUAUCUUUGAUAUUCGUAAGCGAGGAAAAAAUGGGAAUGAUGUUAUCGGUUGCCACGUUUUUACUGCCCACCAUAAUCGUUGCCUUCUGCUACGCAUGGAUUUUUAAAGCUGCAAGGAGACAGAUCAGAAGAAUACGAGAAAACUCUAUCGAGAACAAUACUAUGUUUAAGGCCAAACAGAACUAUAAAGCCCUAAAAACAGUAGGGUUUGUACUGGGCGUAUUCAUCGCUUCAUGGAUGCCUUGUUUAGUCGUCUCCAUUGUGCACCAAGUGAAAGGACAUGAUCCUUGUUUAGAUGGCAGAUAUUUUAUUACUGUGUGGCCAUGGAUUGAAGCGGUUGCUUUUACGUCAUCAGCGAUCAAUCCAUGGAUCUAUUGCUUCCGAAACACAGACUUUCGCGAGGUUUUAAAUCGUAGGUUUAGUUGGUUUCCGUCGUGAAAAUUGUGAGAUACAAAGUUCGUUGGAUAAUCUAAGAGGAAGAUUUCUGUUCUCAACCCAGAUAGCUAAGACUAAAAAGAGGGCCUUUAUUUUGCCUUUGCAAAUGUAUGGCGCAUAAUACUUGGCUAAAAAAGCCGUAGUUUAUAACUAAUAGCACACACAAAAAUUGAUCUUGAAGUAGAAAGUAUGUUUAGCAAUACCAAAGGCGACUUGUGAAUUUCGAGUCAGAGAAUUACCAUAGGAGAUUCCUUUCUGUUAAUGACCAAUACAUACAGCUAUUUAAAAGAUAAGGUAAAUGUGACAAGUUAUUAUCUAAAGCAUACGAACUUGGUUUGAAAACUAGUAUUCGUAAUCAGUUUCCUACUCGUACACCACCGCAAGUGCUUUUUUUCUUUUAACUAGAAGCGCCGGCCACGAAGCAAACUCGUUAAAAAAGUGCAGCUAAGUCCGGGCUUUUAAAACUCCGUGGAGCCAUUAUCACUCACUCAUGGUGUCUUUAUGCAACUUACUUAACUUAAGUGUUAACUCACUUAAUAAUAACAUUACAACUUGAAAUGCACAAAUCAGCCUCUCUUUUUGGAAGGAAAUCCAUUUCUGUUUUACUGAGACGUAAACGUGAUCACUUCAUAACAUCACGCCAAGUUAACUUGUCACAAGCUCUUGACAGUGUCCUUACUGGAAAUUAAUGGCACAGUUUUUCUUUCCUUACCCUGGCUGCCAGAGGCUUUUCAUGCGCGGUUUCGGCCGAAGACGUGUCGGCCUUCGACUGACGAAGCUCCUUGUCGCGCGCUAGAAAAAACCUCUGGUACCCAUACUUGCUCUCUCCUCCGCAGGGUCUUUUUUUUUUGUCAGCUGGAACACAGGGACCCCAAGCUCACGAAUGAGAAUUGUGUUGCGUAACAAAUAUUAUAAGGCGUUCUAUGGAAAAUUUAUCGAUCGCUAUUCAGGGCUUGAAAAUAGAAAUAAAAAUAGAUCAAAACUUCUUACCUUGUCUCCUUGUCUUGUUUGUGGUACGUUCUUAGCAUUUCUGGCCGGUUUAGAGAGAGCAACAGUAGAACUAAAACUCACUAGAAUCGCGCGGAAACGGCCAGAAAUGCUAAGAACAUACCACAAACAAGACAAGGAGACAAGGUAAGAAGUUUUGAUGUAUUUUUAUUUCUAUUUUAAUGCCCUAAAUAACGUUCGAUAAAUUUUCUAUACAAACCGUUAUAAUAUUUCUGUUACGCAACACUAUUCUCACUCGUGAGCUUGGGGAACCUGUGUUUGGAACUAACUGCCAAGAAGACGUGCGGUAACCCAGAGGAACAAAGCAUCGCGUGAAGAAUAUCAGAUCGCUAAAUUAAUAACAGAGCAAAACAUACAAUUCUAAAUACGAACAACGAACUGCGGAAGUAGAACUUUUAUAAUCAAUUUUUUCAUUCGUUCUUCUUAAGAUUGGGGGGUCAGAUGGCAAAUUGUUUUUCACGCCUUUUGAUAUGGCACGCGGCAUAAUUUAGGAGCUCUGGUGUGGCUCUUUUAAAAUUUUUAUGAAACAAAAUGAAAAUAAUGGCAUCUGCGCAAACGUUUCUCUUUAUAUGCAAAAAUAAUCUUGUCUCUAAGUACAUCAGAACUUAAUGCCUAAAACACAUUGUCAAUCAAUACGAGCAGAAUGGCAAAGAGGGCGCAAACUUGUAAAUACCAGCUGAAAUGAGCUGCCUCAUUGCCUAAUUUCUAUCAUUUACAUGUUUUUUGUUCCUUGAAAGAAGGAGGGGACACCGAUAAUCUUAACUCAUUUUUGUGCUAAUUUCGAGCAGCACUGCUUAUCUGGCCCGGGUGUAGGAGGCACAAAAGGACGUGAAGGGAAAACUAAUCUAACAAAAAGAAAAAAAAAAAAAACACUUCAGUCUACCUUAUAAUGUCAAGUGAAAACGGAAGUUGUCAGUUUAAAUGAUCGCCAAGUGAAUGAAAAAUAAUUAGGAGGUUCAAAUGCCUUGUUUUACAUCUUACGUUGAAGAUGCAGGCCGGAAAGUGAUUUGGCAGGUUUUACUGACUUGACUAGAGAAUCUAAAACACAGUGCUGUUCAUUGGACGGUGAGUGGUUCAAGAGCAGACAUUUCUGAGCUUCUGCAACUGGAUGAUAUAGUUUUAGUGGGCCACGAAUCUUCCAUCAAAAGACUCGUUUCUGGAACCGCAUCCUGACUAUUAGGUACUUAAAGACCUCAACAGAGGAGAUUUUAUCGCCUUUCACAUGGAACCUAACAUGAAUGAGUCGUGCCCCGAUAAGCGAUUCGCAAGUGAAUCGGUUUUUAUCCUUUCCGUUUGGCUUAGUUUUACUAGCCUAGCAACUAUUACGGGAAACGCCCUUGUAAUGUGGUUGUUUUAUAAACACGAGUCUUUAAGAACCAUUUCAAACCGUUUUAUAAUCUCGUUGGCAACGGCAGACAUUCUUGUAGGGCUUGUCAUUAACCCUGUGUGGAUAGCCGUGCGUUAUGUGAUUCAGCCGCCGUCUAUUAGUACAGGGUCCGAAAUUCUGGAAAUGUUAUGGAUACACACAACUGCGGCUACAACUUUUAACUUGUGCUGUGUUUCUGUGGAUCGCUUUAUCGCAAUUUGUUUUCCUCUUCGUUACAGACUUAUUGUAACCAAACGUACAUGUCAUUCUUCGAUCAUUUCAGUUUGGGUGGCCUCGAUAGUUCUACCGUUUUCACUGUUGUUCGUGAGCGAGGAAAAUAUGGAGAUUCUCAUUAUAAUACCGGCCGCCACGUUUUUGGUGCCAAACAUCAUCGUUGCUUUCUGCUAUGCAUGGAUUUUUAAAGCGGCCAGGAGUCAGAUCAGAAGAAUACAGGACAACUCUUUCCAGAACAAUACUGUAUAUCAUGCUGUAAAGAACUAUAAAGCCCUAAAAACAGUAGGGAUGGUAGUGGGUGUAUUUAUCGCUUCAUGGAUGCCUUGUUUAGUCGCCACCAUUGUGCACGAAGUGAAAGGAGAAGAUUAUUGUUUGUAUGUUAAAUAUUAUAAUGCUGUGUGGCCCUGGGUUGAGGCGGUUGCUUUUACAUCAUCAGCAAUCAAUCCAUGGAUCUAUUGCUUUCGAAACAUCGACUUUCGCGAGGUUUUAAAUCGUAGGUUUAGCUGGUUCCCGUAG